AUGGCGGCGGCCAUCGCAACAACCGCCACAAUUGCCGUUCCGAGGCUCGCCGCCUCCUCAUCCCCCAUACUCAGGCAGCCCACAUCUCUUCUCUUCCCUCACAAGAAACCCCUUACCUUCACCACCUCUUCCUCCUCCCCACACAGCCGCCUCCAUCAGCCGCUCAAAUACUCCACCGUCCCCAAAAUCUCCGCCGUAAUAUCUGUCGGCGACAAGCUCCCCGAAGCCACUCUCUCCUGCAUCGAGCCCUCCGGUGAUGUCCGGACCGUCCCCAUCUCCGACUUCACCGCCGGCAGGAGGAUCAUCAUCGUCGCCGUCCCCGGCGCAUUCACCCCGACCUGCUCGCAGAAUCACCUCCCCGGGUUCGUGGAGAAGGCCGCCGAGUUCAAGGCCAAGGGGAUCGACGCCAUCGUCUGCAUCUCGGUCAACGACGCCUUCGUGAUGAAGGCGUGGAAGGCGGAUCUGAAGAUCCGCAACGAGGUGCUGCUGCUGAGCGACGGCAAUGGAGAUUUCACCCGAGCGAUUGGGUGCGAGCUUGAUUUGAGAGAUAAUCCGGUGGGACUGGGAGUGAGAUCCAGACGGUACGCCAUGUACAUCAAGAAUGGAGUUGUGAAGAUCCUGAAUCUGGAGGAAGGAGGAGCUGUGCGUACCGUCUCGAUCUCCGACCUCACAUCCGGCAAGAAGGUCGUCCUCCUCGCCGUCCCCGGCGCCUUCACCCCGACCUGCUCGCAGAAGCACCUCCCAGGGUUCGUGGAUAACGCCGCCGAGUUCAAGGCGAAGGGAAUCGACACCAUCGCCUGCGUCUCCGUCAACGACGCGUUCGUGAUGAAGGCAUGGAAGGCCGAUCUGAAGAUCGGAGACGAGGUUCUGCUGCUGAGCGACGGAAACGGCGAUUUCACCCGGGCGAUCGGGUGCCAGAUCGAUCUGAGCGAUUCUCCGGCUGGUUUGGGGGUCCGAUCGAGGAGGUACGCCAUGUAUGUUGACGAUGGAGUUGUGAAGAUCUUGAAUUUGGAGGAAGGAGGCGAUUUCAGCGUUAGCAGCGCUGAGGAUCUGCUCAAGGCUAUCUGA